ACUCAUCAGUUUCUGAAAGCUAGAGAAAGCGGGAGAAAGAAAGCCGGAAAGAUGAGUUGUUGCUGCAGAUGCCUCGAGAUUCUUAUCGCCAUCCUUCUCCCACCUCUCGGGGUUUGCCUCCGCCAUGGCUGUUGCAGUCUUGAGUUUUUCAUCUGCCUCUUCCUCACCAUCCUGGGCUACAUCCCUGGCAUCAUUUACGCUGUCUACGUGAUCAUCAGCGUUGAUCCAGAUCGCUACAACCGUGACUACUGGCACCCCAUCAACGAGAAAUGAGAUGAGAUGCAUCACUGGAGUUUGGACGGUGGUUAGCCACAAGAAAUUCUAUGGCUGUAUCAGGGCAUUUGGUAACUGAAACUUUAGAAAACCAGACUUGGCUAGUUCUGCUAGGGUUUGAUUUUUUGCUUUGUCUACUUAAACCUGUAAGGUGACACUAUAUAGCGGUUAGUUUUGCCAAA